GUUGCAAGACUUUAAAAGCCCUGCUGCUGAAGCCUCUCCAUCCAAGUUUUCUAUUUGGAUUGAGCUACAGGAGACACCAAGGACUAGCAAGAUAAUCAAAUCCUCAGGGAGCAGCUGCAAUGCCCACUAUUCUCCCUGCAAUCUUCCUCUUCCUCCUCAUUUCCAGUUCUGCUUCUGAAGAGGAUGACACCCUUGUCAACACCAGCAGUGGGCCCAUUAAAGGGAAAAAAGUCCUGACCGAUUCUGGGACUGUGACAGCCUACCUGGGCAUUCCUUACGCUGAGCCUCCAUUGGGGAAAUUGCGUUUUCAGAAGCCCCUUCCCCAUCAGCCAUGGAGUCAAGUCUUGGAGGCCACUAGCUAUGGAAGCCCUUGCUACCAAAGAGAUCCUUUCGGUUUGAUGUUUGUGAACAUGUGGGUUGCCAAGAAGCCUCACUCAGAGGACUGUCUUUUCCUCAACAUCUGGGUCCCUCACCCACGGCCCUCCACACCAGUUCCUGUGCUUCUUUGGAUCCACGGUGGGGGCUUUGUUGCUGGUGCCAGCUCUCUAGACUUAUACAAUGGAGCCGCUCUAGCUGCUGCUGAGAAUGUCAUUGUGGCUUCCAUGAAUUACCGCCUUGGAGUUCUGGGCUUUCUCUUCCUCCCACCAGAAGCCCCAGGGAACAUGGGACUGUGGGACCAGAAUUUGGCCAUGAAAUGGGUGAAGGACAAUGCAGCUGCCUUUGGGGGUGAUCCUGCUCACUUGACACUCCUUGGACAUAGCGCUGGAGCAGCAUCUGUAGGUUUCCAUCUCCUAUCACCAGCAAGCCGACCUCUCUUUACCCAUGCAGUAAUUCAGAGCGGAGUUCCCAAUGCCCCCUGGGCUUGGAGGCAUCCUAAUGAAUCCAUGUGGGCAGCCAUGAGGUUGUCUGAGGCUCUGAAAUGUGAACAAGGAAAUCAUAGUGACACAGAGAGCUGUCUACGUAAUGUGGUGAAUUGCCUACGGAAGGCAGAUCCUGAUGAGGGUGAGUUUUAUUUUUUGGAGAAAUUCCACGGACCCACUUCAGAUGGAGACUUCCUUCCUGAAGAAAUUGAAAAGCUUAAAGAGGCAGGGCUCAGUCAUGACAAACCACUACUCCUAGGCAUCACCAGAGAUGAAGGGUCCAUCUUUACCGUAUUUGUGAAUAAUAACAUCCUUGACAAUGGUGGAAUACUGACCUGGGAGGAGCUUCUGCAAGCAAUAAAUAUGAUGCUCCAACAGCAGGUUGAAGAUAGCAUUGUCAAAGCUUUAGCAAAGAAGUACAGUGAAGACACACAUGGGCCAGGACAGUACCUCAGUGCUUUGUCUCAUUUAUUCCGAGAUUAUUAUUUUUUGUGCCCACUAGCUGAGGUCACUGCAAAAAUGGAAACCUCUGGAAGUCCUGUCUAUGUUUAUUCUUUCAAUCGCCGCGUCUCUGGCUCCCUUUGGUAUGAGUGGAUGGGUGCACUGCAUGGAGUUGAAGUGCCUUACCUGUUUGGGACCUUUUCAGCCGUACUAGGGAAAAAUGACACAAUUACAGAAGCUGAUGCUGCACUGAGCCGGAGGUUGAUGCGGUACUGGGCAGAGUUUGCCAGAAGUGGGAAUCCCACUGGAUCUGAACCCAGCGAGGUACAGUGGCCACUCUACAAUGCUACAGAGCAGAAUGCCUUCCAUAUCGACACAGAGGCACCUCGGAUCAUGCCAAUAGCACCUGUCCAUCAGUGCAAUUUUCUGCCAACUCAGCAGUCAAAUGCAAGAAAAAGAAUGCAACUUAAAGGCCACUGCAUUUCAUCAGAUCACGUGAAGAACGUGGCAAAUGGGACUACAGCAUAACCAAAGGAACUUCCAUGCAGUUCUAGCAAAGGAGGUUGAAUAAGGUAAAUGUUCUCAUGGAUUUCAUAAUGGUUCUGUCUCUGAAGUUGAGCCUAAAGUCAUCCAUGAAGAUUGCUGCUUGAAAUUUUGAAGUUCAUUGAUCUGAAAUUUAUGAAAUAAAAAGUAGAAUACAAAAAAAA